UGGGAAAAGGAUGCUGCUAAUGUCUGCAAAUAAGAAAUAAUAAUACUAAUAAUAAUAAAAAAAAAUCAUCAAGCAAAAUAGAGAAAUAGGCUUCUGUAUGAAAGGCGCCGUUUGGACACUGGACACUGCAACACUUUAAACAACAGAUGAGGAGUGGAUACUAUUCUAUAGGCAAUAAAAGAGGUGGAUGGCUGGAGAAGGGCAAGGGGAGGAUGCAUGUAUAGCUGAAUAAUUGCACCAAGGGCACGGUAGGUGUUCCACGUUAGCCACGGACAGACCGUUCUCCCAGGCGGCUCAUAGAAAGCUGCUGUUCUUGUGCAAAGGGGAAAGUAAGAAUAUAUUGUUACAUACAAGAAGAAUGGCUGUUUUUUAACAGCUUGGGUGUGGUACAUACAUCUCCUGUCUUCAGUUGGUCUACUGGUUGUAUUCUGCCAGAAUGUACGGCAGCUCUCGCUCUGUGAGCAAAAUGGAAGGCAAUCACAGUGGGAGCCGGAACAGCCAGAGCAACUCAGGCCGUUCUCCCCGGCUGCCACGCUCACCCCGAAUGGGACACCGCCGCACCAACAGCAUGGGGGGUAGUGGUGGUGGGCCUGGUGGCCCUGGGGGCAAAACCCUCUCCAUGGAGAACAUCCAAUCCCUCAACGCUGCUUAUGCCACGUCUGGUCCCAUGUACAUGAGUGAUAAUGAGGUGGCUCUAGCCACCUCCUCUGACAUCCCAAAAAGUGGCAUGGCAACUGGGCGCUUCGGGGGCAGCAUCCCAUAUGGCGUGCGUGGAACAGUCACCGGAAGCACGCCUGACAUGGCCAUGGUGCCUACUGUGUCCACAGACUCCAUGAGCUUUGGAGGAGAGCUGCAUACAGCAUCCACUGUGCCACAUUCAUUGCGCCAGGCCAGGGACAACACCAUAAUGGAGCUGCAGGCGCAGCUGAAGGAGGUACUGAGGGAGAAUGAACUCCUGAGGAAGGAGGUGGAGGUGAAAGAAAGCAAACUCAGCUCAUCAAUGAGCUCUAUCAAGACCUUCUGGAGCCCUGAACUAAAGAAGGAGCGGGCACUGCGCAAGGAUGAGGCUUCCAAGAUAGCAGUGUGGAAGGAGCAAUACCGUGCCAUUCAGGAUGAGACUCAGCACCUGCAGACCACAGUGCAGGCGCUGCAGGCUGAGUUACGCAUCCAGCGUGACCUGAACCAGCUGCUCCAGCCGCCUGGGGAGCCGCUCGCACUUGAACCGGGCGAGGAGCAAGAAAGGCAAACUCGCGAGCUCAUCCUGCUCCGCCGCACCAUUCAGGAGAUGGAGCUGCGGCUGGAGACGCAGCGGCAGACACUGGUAGCACGUGACGACUCUGUCAAAAAACUGCUGGAGAUGCUGCACAACAAAGGGCCAUCAAGCAAGUCCAGUGAGGAGGACCACGAGCUCACAUGCCGUCUAGCUGAUGCGGAGAUGCAUGCACAUCACUUGGAGAACCUGCUAGAGCAGCGUGAUAAAGAGAUGGUGGCUUUGCGGGAAGAGCUGCAUCGACGCCUUGAAGGGACGCCGGAGUCUACAAAAACCAAAGCUCUGCAAACCGUCAUUGAGAUGAAGGACUCACAGAUCAGCUCUCUGGAGCGAGGACUAAGGGAGCUGGAAGACCAGGUCAUGAUGCUGCGCUCCAGUAACAUGCUCACAUGUGAGGAGCGACAAGAGGAGGUCAAGCAAAUGGAGGUUUACCGUAACCACACCAAGUUCAUGAAGAACAAGAUGGACCAGGUGAAGCAAGACCUCUCUAGGAAGGACACACAGCUCCUUGGCCUGCAGACCAAACUUGAGACGCUUACCAAUCAAUUCUCUGAUAGCAAACAGCACAUUGAGGUGCUCAAAGAGUCCCUGACUGCAAAAGAGCAGCGAGCUGCCAUCUUACAAACAGAGGUGGAUGCACUGAGGUUGCGUCUUGAGGAAAAGGAAACGCUGCUUAACAAAAAGAGCAAGCAAAUCCAAGACAUGUCAGAGGAAAAGAGCACACUCAAUGGCGAGAUUCAUGACCUUAAAGACAUGCUGGAUGUAAAAGAGCGAAAAAUCAAUGUGCUACAGAAAAAGAUUGAGAACCUGCAGGAGCAGCUGAGGGAUAAAGAGAAGCAGAUGAGCAGCUUGAGAGAAAGAGUGAAGUCUCUGCAAACUGAUACAUCCAACACAGAUACGGUCCUCAGCACCCUGGAAGACUCUCUGGCUGAGAAGGAAAGAAUCAUUGAACGUCUGAAGGAGCAGCGAGACCGGGAGGAGAGGGAGAAAGUCGAGGAGCUGGACAGCAGUAAGAGAGAGCUAAAAGAGCUUAAGGAGAAAGUGAGCUUGCUGCAGGGUGACCUUUCAGAUCGAGAGAAUUCUUUGCUGGACCUUAAAGAGCAUGCAUCAUCCUUAGCCUCAUCUGGGCUAAAAAAAGACUCCAAACUUAAAACUCUGGAGAUUGCCCUUGAGCAAAGGAGGGAAGAGUGCUCUAAACUGGAGAACCAGCUAAAGAGGGCCCAGAAUGCAGCUGUUGAGGCACAGGCCAACUCAGAGCUCUCCAAGCGAAUUGCCUCACUGGAAGCUGAUGUGACCAGGCACAGAGAGGAGUCAGGGAAGGCCCAAGCUGAAGUCGACCGACUGCUGGAGAUCCUACGACAGAUGGAGAACGAGAAGAAUGACAAAGACAGGAAAAUCAAUGAGCUGGAGAGUGUGGCUUCCAGACAGAUGAAAGAUCAAGGCAAGAAGCCGCCUGGGAAACACAGGGAGUCGGCUGGCAAAGGCCGCAGCGCUGUUGAUGGCCCACAGCAGGAGUCAUUGCGGCAGAAGGCAGAGCGCAUUGAGGAGCUGGAGGAGGCACUGAGGGAGAGCGUACAGAUGACUGCAGAAAGAGAGAUGGUGUUGGCACAGGAGGAGGCGGCACGGAAUCACCAGGAAAAACAGAUGGAGGAGCUGCUCGGGGCAAUGGAGAAGGUGAAGCAGGAGCUUGAGUCUAUGAAAGCCAAGAUGUCAUCCACUCAGCAGUCUCUGGCCGAGAAGGAGGCUCACCUGACCACUCUGAGGGCCGAGAGGAGGAGACAUCUGGAGGAAGUUCUGGAGAUGAAACAGGAGGCUCUGUUAGCUGCUAUCAGUGAGAAGGAUGCUAACAUUGCCCUGUUGGAGCUGUCCUCGUCCAAAAAGAAAAAGACGCAUGAGGAAGUGGCGCAGUUACGAAGGGAGAAGGACCGUCUGGUGCAGCAGCUCAAACAGCAGACACAGAAUCGGAUGAAGCUCAUGGCGGAUAACUAUGAUGACGGACAUCUGAAAAUGCCACCCGACCAGACCAACCACAAAGCUCCAAAAUCCCCAGAUCAGAUUAAAGCUGGUCGGAGAGCUGCAGUACACAGGAGCUCCACCUGACUACACCAGACAGCCAAAGAGGAGCCACCUUUUAUCCCAUCCUUGUUUCUGUACAAAUCAACCCUGACCAAAUCUCCCUACCCUCAUACAGGGCCUUCACACCAACAGUUACUGUUGGAGCCUGGGUUGGAGAGAGUCAGACUGAAGCUGGGACUGUGACCUGGUCUCCUUUAAGAACAGCAGUAAAUGGACCUUUAAUUCCAGGGACUGCCAGCUGUGAUCUAACCCUCCUCUCUCCAGGAUCCCUUUUUAUCCUCUCCUCUCCUCUCCUCUCCUCUGCUCUGCUCUCCUCUCCUCUCCUCUCCUCUCCUCUCCUCUCCUCUCCUCUCCUCUCCUCUCCUCUCCUCUCCUCUCCUCU